CUCGCCGGGCACCCGGCAGGAAGUGGCUCCGGCGCGGCCCGGGCGCGGCCUCGGCGGGGCGCGCCUCCUCCCGGGGCGUCGCAGGCCAGCCGGAGCCGGAGCCGGAGCUCCGGGAGCGGACCUCAUGGCGGCGCGGGCGCCCUGGGGCCCGGGGGACGCCGCCUCGGCCGCCCUGGACGAGCUGUCGCGGAACUUCACGUACGGGGCGCUCGGCGCCGGCAACACCUCCCUUUCGGGCGCGUGGUACCGCAGGAACCAGAUUCACCUUUUUGGAGUUUUGCUGGCCAUUUUAGGAAACUUGGUAAUCAGCAUUUCCCUAAAUAUUCAGAAAUAUUCUCAUCUGCAUCUCGUCCACCAAGAACACCAGAGGCCAUUCUUCAGGAGUGUGUUGUGGUGGGGUGGGAUCCUACUGAUAGCCGUAGGAGAGACUGGAAACUUUGCAGCCUAUGGAUUUGCCUCCAUUACUCUCAUCCCUCCAUUAGGCUGUAUGUCUGUUACAGGUAGUGCCGUUAUUUCUGUUGUGUUUCUGAAAGAAAAUUUGAGAGCCUCAGAUUUGCUAGGCAUGACAUUGGCAUUUGCAGGAACAUAUUUAUUGGUGAACUUUGCUCCCAAUAUAACUCAGUCUAUCUCUGCAAGAACAGUACAGUAUUACUUUGUUGGCUGGCAGUUCCUCAUCUCUGUGAUUUUAGAAAUACUAGCUUUCUGCAUUCUCCUGUAUUUUCAUAAAAGAAAAGGAAUGAAGCACAUUGUGAUUCUGCUAACCCUGGUGGCACUUCUAGCCUCAUUGACUGUUAUUUCAGGAAAAGCCGUCUCAGGCAUGAUCACAUUUUCUGUGACGGAUAAAAUGCAACUAACUUAUCCCAUCUUCUAUAUCAUGUUUAUCGUCAUGAUAGCAUCUUGUGUUUUCCAAGUCAAGUUCCUGAAUCAAGCCACGAAACUCUACAAUACAACGAUGGUGGUGCCAGUGAACCACAUAUUCUUUACAACCAGUGCCAUUAUUGCAGGUAUCAUAUUUUAUCAGGAAUUCCUUGGAGCAGCUUUUCUCACUGUAUUUAUCUAUCUUUUUGGGUGUUUUCUGUCAUUCCUUGGUGUGUUUUUGGUCACAAGAAAUCGAGAAAAGAAACAUCUGCCACAAUCUUACAUUGAUUUUGGAAAUAUUCCUGGGAAACAAAUGUUGGACAAAAUACAACCAGAUUCAGAUGGCUUAUCCUAUGGAACUUUGCCUAAUGAAAGUGACUCAACAAAGAGCCAAAGUGGAGAGAAGAAAGAGGUCUAGAAUGCCAGAGGGAUGGCUGUUGGCCUGCUACUCAGACCACCUUUGUAAAAGAUUGCACGUGUUCAGUUUGUGUCAGCAGCUAUUUUACACUGACAUGUGCUAGCAUUAGUCAGUCCUUUACCCCACCCCCUUCCUAUGGACCAUCAGGGCCUUCUUAGGCUUUGACAGACUAAUAUUUUCGUGGAAUGUAAUGUGAAGUGUUCCCCGCACCCUGGACCUCUCCCCAGUGAUCGUCUAACCAUCUAGGUCUUCAUUAGAGCCUGGCAAGCCAAGCAGGAAUGUCACACAAAAAUGUGCAUUCACGAUUUGGCUGCAGAACACAUAGGCUGCUUUCCCCACACGGCUUGUAGUGUCAGUUGCUUUGAUUUAAAGAAACACUUCACCCUACAAUCCCACUCCUGAACCAAGGGUUUGAGAACAUUCAUUUUUCCUAAGACAUCUUUUAUGAGCCUCUCAUAAAGAUCUCACCUUUCUGUUCCUGAAUUAGAAUGGUGAAUCACCUUUUCUGAAAACUAGCCCUCUAACAACCAUCCUUUGAAAAUUGAGGGUGUCUUUAAAAAGUAGUACUUGUAAGUGGCAGUCUGUGAUGGCGCAUACCAAAACUAAAGGCCCUUGGCUAGUGGACUUUUUAAGAUUGAGAAAGGAAAGAAUUAAGAAGUAGGACCAGUUUUUUAAAAUAAAAAUAUAGAAUGAUGACAUCUUAUUCAGCUGUAUGGUCCUAUUAUACUUAACUUGAAACUGGAAACUGCAUAUCCUACUGCCUGGAUUUGUUUAGCGCUUAUAAUUUAUCAAGUGGGUUUAUAUGUUUUAACUCUCAACACAAGUCUCAAAAAUUGUGUUUAUAUUCUUAGUGACAUUUUCACUAACACACUAUUUCUUCCCCAAGUCAUUAUCUCAAGCUUUAUAAAUUCUUUUAAGUAAAAGGAUAGUUAUGAUUAGGAAACUGGAUUUCAGCCAUUUUCAGUCUGUAGACACAGCACCUAGCCAGGUGGUCUCUGAGUCUAGAGGGGAAGGCAGGUGCUCCUGUACCCUGGCUUUUCUGGUGCUAUUAGUCACAUAUGUCUACUAAGACCCAUUUGCAGGUAGAGUCCAUAAUCAUAUCUGUUGUUUAUGAUCUACCUAAUAUUUAAAUGAGAAGAAAAGAACUAAUCUUCAUUGUAACUAACAUCAAAUAAUAGGUCCUAUCCUUAACGACAGUUCAAAACCUUCAGGUCACUUCUGACAUGCCAGUACCAUACUGUUAGAGCAGCUGUCUUGCAUUUGUAUAGGUUGUUUAACUCAGAGGUACUGAGACCAAAGCUGAGCUGCUUCAAGUCUUUCUUUGUCAUAAUUGCACUUCUGACCAGCCAAACGUGGCCACAAAGGGGAGAUUUGAAUCCAUCACCAAUGUAUGAAUAAUAGCCUAGAGCCCAUGUCUGGUUUUUGAACUCGUGGUAACAAUUCUUGCCAUUGUGGAAAUUGUCCCCUUAAUUCAAAUAAAAGUCUUAUAAUUAAAAAAAAAAAAAAGAAA